AACCGAGUUUAAAUUCAGAGAUUAACGUUGGACAAAACGGGCAUAAUGCUGUCAGGUGGUCAAAUUCAGAAGCUUUGAGUUCAGUGACCAAUCUGAGGAGGAGGAUGUUAUCCUUUCGCUUUUCCCAUUUCCCAUCCUUGUCUUGCCCAUCGUUCCUCCCAGGGUUCCUCCCCACUGCGUCUUCCUGUCAUGUAAUCUGGAAUGUUUUUAUCUUAUACUAUUUUCAAGUUUGGCUGUCACUUUUUCAUUGUUAAAUUGUAAAAAGAAAACAAAACAAGAACGACAAUGAUAUCCGAGAGGGAUUAUGCACCGCUGAGUGCGGCAUGCGUAAGGUCCCUCAGUGACAAAAUGUACGAGAAAAGAAAGCCCGCUGCAGUAGAGAUAGAAAAAAUGGUUAAGGAGUUCGCAGCUCGAAAUAAUACCGUGCAGAUAAAACGAUUGUUGAAAGUACUUGGUCAAGAUUUUGCAACAUCACAAAAUCCUCACACAAGGAAAGGGGGUCUCAUUGGUUUGGCUGCUAUCGCAGUCGGACUUGGUAAAGAAACAGGUCAAUACACCGAAGACUUGAUACAUCCGAUAUUGGCGUGUUUUUGUGAUCCUGAUGUUAAUGUACGAUAUUACGCUUGCGAAAGCCUUUACAAUGUUGUCAAAAUAGCAAGAGGAGCUGUUUUGCCUCUGUUCACCGAUAUCUUUGGAGCAUUGAGUAAAUUGGCUUGUGACUCGGAACAAAAUGUUAAAAUGGCUACUGAACUUUUGGAUCGUCUCAUGAAGGAUAUCGUAACGGAGAGUGGAAUGUUUGAUCUUGUGGGAUUCAUGCCUUUAUUGAGGGAACGAAUAUACACAAAAAAUUCGUUCGGUCGGCAGUUUGUGAUAGCCUGGGUGUCUGUACUGGAUGCUGUACCCGAUAUGGAUUUCAUAAUAUUUCUUCCUGAAAUUCUUGACGGUUUGUACAGGAUAUUGGAAGAUCCGAAUCCUGAGAUAAAAAAAAUCACAGACACUGUACUGGGAGAAUUUCUACACAGUAUUAAGGCGAAUCCAGCUCGUGUAGAUUUUUCAGCGAUGAUAAAUAUUCUGAUCGCACAUGCCCAGAGUACCGAUGAGAUUUUGCAGCUCACUGCUAUUACCUGGAUUCGGGAAUUUGUACACUUAUCCGGCACUUCUAUGUUGCCCUCAAUUUCUGGAAUACUCGUAGCGAUAUUGCCCUGCCUUGCUUACGAAGGUGAUGGAAGAAAAAGUAUAAAAGAAACAGCGACCCGUGUAAAUGUCGAUCUGAUGAAGCUCGUGAACGAACGUGGUGAUGAGGAACGAGGUUCCCUAGCAGAGAGCCUCGAUCUUCUAAGUGUGGUUGAAGUAUUGACGAAACAUUUAAUGCACACUUCUGUACAAACGAAAGUAGCAGUUCUGAAAUGGAUUCAUCGACUCUUUCAAAACAUUCCGAACAAAAUGUAUCGUCACAUUGAUGAUCUCUUUCCCGUUUUAAUGCGCACACUCAGCGACACUUCCGACGAAGUUGUUCAACAGAAUUUAGUUGUUAUGGCCGAGAUAAUAGGCUCGCCUUACAUUGAGGAAAAAAGUAACGAGGAGGAAAAAACCCUUGAUCCGUCAAUCGAAACCACUGGCAUUGGUAAUAAAUACUUCACCAAAUUUAUCGUUAAUCUUUUGAGGCUUUUCUCAACAGAUAGACAUCUCCUUGAAGACCGAGGUGCUUUCAUUAUACGCGAGCUUUGCUUGCUUCUCAGUGCCGAAGAUAUUUACAAAAUAUUAGCCAAAAUAUUGCUCAAGGAACAGAAUCUUCGUUUCGCUUGCAUUAUGGUACAAACCCUGAAUAUUAUUCUAUUGACCAGCUCGGAAUUAUUCGAUCUUCGUAAGAAACUCAAAGACUGGAAUUCAGAGGAAAGCCGUGAGUUGUUCAUCUGUUUGUACGAGUCUUGGUGUCACAACCCUGUUGCUACAUUGGCACUGUGCUUCUUGACAAGAAAUUACGGACAUGCCUGUCGUCUCGUACGAUCUUUUGGAAAUAUAGAAGUGACCGUGGAAUUUUUGGCCGAAAUAGACAAGUUGGUUCAACUGAUCGAAUCGCCUAUAUUUACAUAUUUAAGGCUGGAGUUAUUGGAGAGAGAAAGGAAUCAAGAUUUGGUCAGGGCUCUCUACGGACUCGUGAUGAUUUUGCCACAGAGUGAGGCGUUUUUGACAUUACACAGGCGUUUGGCAGCCAUACCAUUGUCGACACUCGCUGAGCCGACAACGACGGAGACGUCCGACAACAUUGACUUCAACAAGCUUUUGCGACACUUCGAGAGUGUGCAAGAGCUACACAAGGAACAAAAACACCGGCAAAGAAUUCGUUCUCUGAUCGAACCGCGCGAAUCACCCGAAUAAUAUUAUUAUCUAAUAAUAAAUCUAUUAAUUUUCA